CCCAAAAACCUCACUGCGUACUGAUCCAAUCUCCCACAAAGUCGAAUGAGAUGACAGACCCCUUCCCCUCCUACCUCAUCACACCCGCAGAAUACCACAAUGUAGUCACCACAACCAAGACGGCGAGGAGGAUCAUCCCCUUGGCAGCAGGGCGGCCGGCGCUUCUUCCGGCGUUCGAAGCGCACCACCUCCCUGGCACGAAGUACGAACCCAACCCUCCUCCACCACCCAGAACAGAAGAUGAAGAACUUGCACUUUGGCAUUUACUAGAUACACAUAUCUACCUAUUCUCUACCUCUCUAUCUACAUGAUCGAUGCUUGUGCCCUUCUCGGGCACGUUGGACCUGUGCCACCCUCACCCACUACCCCCGUCCACAUUCGUACACCGUACCAACUCGUCAUGCCACAAACGCAGAUUCUUUGACCAGUCCAUCAUCCGCAAUGCUACCUCCCCCUACCCCCUCAUGCUCCCUACCGCCGAAGCCUUUGCCGCCGCCAUGACAGCCCUCGACAUCCGGCCCGCCGACAUCUUGGUCGUGUACGACGCAUACGAGAUCGGGACCUAUAGCGCGCCGCGCGUGGCAUGGAUGUGCUCGUUCUUCGGCCACGAAGCGGUGCAUGUUCUGAACAACUUCCGCGUGUAUGUGGAUUUGGGAUACCCGGUGAGCUCGGGGGAGAUCUCGAAAGGGGGUGGAAUCCCAGGAGAGCCGGGGGAUGCGUAUCCCGUCGCGACGAUCCCGGAUCCUGAUAGAGUGAUCUUAUAUGAGGAGGUUAAGGGGUUAGUGGGGGACGAAGAGGUUAAGAUUGUGGAUGCGAGAAUCGCGGGUCGAUUCAGCGGGAAGCAGAGUGAGGAGGACACCAGCUUGCGGUCGGGACAUAUCCCUGGCGCAGUCAAUGUGCCUCUGGCAAGGCUAUUGGAUGAGACGUCCAAGGUGAUACUGCCCGCUGGCUCACUCAAGGACAUCUUUGAGGAGGCAGGAUUGUCCGUCGUGAAAGAGGUCCCACGGUCGUGGAUUCUGACCUGUAACUCCGGCGUGACUGCCGCUGCACUGGAUCUAGCACUCUCGGAAAUCGGCGCGAAGGGCCCUAGAAGGUUAUAUGAUGGUAGUUGGAUGGAAUGGACAAGGCGAGCUGAGGAAGAGCUGGUGGUUGUUGACACGAACAGCUGAGGGUUCCACUAUCGAUCGUUAGUCAAUAAGAUAAUAUGGUUUCGGCGGUGGCUACUGGUUCUACUGUGCCAACGCGCAUGGGUCCUGGAACACCGCCUGCCAAGCUAGCUUGACGGCCAGAUGAAUCCAACGAGCUGUAGCCUGCCCACCAAUGGCACUUUGGCAGACCUCUCAGAAUGCUGAAGGCGUGUAUGAUUUCGUGUUCUAUCGAUAACCGUUCUCGGCGAGUAAUAUGUGAUGAUGGCGUGAGUCGUGUAUUCUCAUCGCUCAUUCAUGAUCAUGCAUCGUGUCU